AUGACAUCGAUCGGUACUGGAUAUGAUCUUUCUAAUAGUGUUUUCUCACCUGAUGGCAGGAACUUUCAGGUAGAGUAUGCAGUCAAAGCCGCUGAGAACGGGGCAACGUCUGUCGGAAUGAAGUUUAAAGAUGGUAUUGUUCUCGCUGUCGAAAAAUUAGUAACCUCAAAGCUGCUGGUGCCAGGAAAGAACAAAAAAAUACAAACUAUAGAUCGUCAUGUUGGCUGCGCAUACUCAGGGUUAAUGCCAGAUGGUAGACAUCUGGUAAACAGAGGCCGCGAGGAGGCUUCGAGUUUCAAGAAGACAUACGCUACUCCAAUCCCUCUCCCCGCUUUGGCUGACAGAUUAGGACAGUAUGUGCAGGCACACACGCUCUACAAUAGUGUGAGGCCCUUCGGGAUCACAGCCAUUGUUGGCGGAGUGGACGACGAUGGCGCACAUCUUUAUAUGCUCGAGCCUAGCGGCACAUACUGGGGAUAUAAAGGCGCGGCUACUGGUAAAGGCAGACAAUCAGCGAAAGCCGAACUGGAGAAAGUGAUUAGCAACAAACCUGAGCUUGAUGCGAGAGAAGCAGUAAAAGAGGCCGCAAGGAUAAUUUAUCUAGCUCAUGAGGAUAACAAAGAAAAGGACUUCGAGCUAGAAAUGAGUUGGUGUUCGAUCUCAGAGACUAAUGGUUUACAUAAGGCGGUACCAAAAGAUUUGCUCGACGAAGCCAUUGCGUUUGCCAAGGCCGAGAACGGCGACGACUCCGAUAGCGACGAUUCUAGUGACGAGAGCGAAAACGAGAAAGACAACGAAAAGAAGGACGCUGAGGGUGACGUUCAACUCGAGUAA